GGGGGUGCUCUCCUUCCAUGUCAUCUCCGUUUCUCUCUCUUACAGAUGAGCUUAGCAGCACCUCAUUGCGCCAUUCCUUGUCAUGUUGACGAUGAUGACUCCACUCAUCUGCUACCUAAAUCCAUCUCCCUCUCCACCCAACUAAGCCUUCCUUCUCUCCGCUCCCUUGACUCCUGCGCUGAAACCGUGCCUUACUCUCUUCACCGGUGCACCGCCACACUCAGAGCUCAUUCCUCCUACGUCUCUGCCAUCGCCGUUCAUGGGGAGUCGGUUUACAGCGGCAGCCCCGACCAAGAGAUCAGGCUUUGGCCUUGCGUCCACUUGGACUCAGCAUCGUCAUCGUCAUCGUCAUCAUCCGCUCCGAGAACGGAUCGUCUGACGAGCUUUACGGUCGCUGCUGCUAAAAGCCCGGUGAAGUCGCUUGUUGUUGCAGGGGACAACCUCUUCAGCUCUCACCAGGAUGGGAAGAUCUGUGUGUGGCAGAUAAACCGAAGGGAGCGCCAGCACUGCAAGCUGAAAGCCGUCCUGCCCACCCAGAAGGACCGCUUCCUCAGCCUUUUGGUGCCCGAGAACUAUGUGCAGGUCCGCAGACACAAGAAGUGCACCUGGGUGCACCACGUCGACGCCGUCUCCGGCCUCGCGGUCUCGCACGACGGAGCCCUCCUCUACUCCGUCUCCUGGGACCGUGCCCUCAAGGUCUGGCGCACCUCCGACUUCAAGUGCAUGGAGUCGGUGGCCGGCGCCCACCGGGACGCCAUCAACGCCGUGGCCGUGUCGCUGGACGGGCACGUAUACACGGGCUCCGCCGACGCACGGAUCAACGUGUGGCGGCGGGGGGGCGAGGGAGGGACCAAGCACUCGCUGGUGCAGACGCUGGAGCGGCACCGGUCGGCGGUGAACGCGCUGGCGCUGAGCGCCGACGGGUCGGUGCUGUACUCGGGCGCGUGCGACCGGUCGGUCGUGGUGUGGGAAGGGGGCGGAGGGCGAAUGGAGGCGGCGGGGGCUCUGAGGGGACACCGGAGGGCCAUCCUGUGCUUGGCGGCUGUGGGGGGGGUGGUGUGCAGCGGGUCGGCGGACAGGACGGUGAGGGUGUGGAAGAGGGGGGUGUUAGAGAAGGGACGCUACUGGUGCUUGGCCGUGUUGGAAGGGCAUGGGGGUCCGAUUAAGAGCUUGACAGCGGCGCCGGUGGUGGAUGAAGGCAGCAGAACUGAGAGCUCUUGUGGCUUGGGGGGAAGCAGCAGCAGCUCCUCCUCAUGCCUGGUCCUAAGUGGGGAUUUGGAGGGUGAGAUAAAGGUGUGGAGGGUUUCGAUUCGUCCUCCUCCUCCGGAGGGAAUCUUCUGUUAAUUAACGGCUUCUUCUUCUCCUUCUUCUUCUUGGAUGGGUGGGAGAACAGCUUUUUGCCUCCGCCCGACAAAGAAGAGCUAUCGUUGGGGUGAGGAUCCCCUGUUCUCAUAAGCCCAAAAACAGGAUUUUCCACAUACAAAAGAUCGGUGGGGCCCAUUAUUAAAGACUUGUCAGACCAGCUGAGAGACAGCCGGAGGCGCCACGAAGGGCUCUCCUGUUUGGUACAGACGGGAGAUCCUCGCCCGCUUUUGCCUGCUGUAACCAUGCCAAGUUAGCCUUUUGAUGUAUAAUCCAACGUGGCUAAUAACAUAUAAGAAAACGCCGUUUAUACUCUAA